AACGAUUACAUUGCAACGAGAUGGCAAAGAUAAACCGCCCUAAAAUAUCUGCGCUCUUAUCUGGUACCCGCGUUCACGGGAGGGGCUUUAUCUGAGUGAAUAAACAGGACACCGGACAUAAAUGAAAGACUCUUGAACAACGCAGGGACAUAAAGCUUUUCCAAGUCGAUUUGCGCCAUGGCGUUCGCCGCGUACUGGAUGAUGCUCACAGGUGACACGCCUCAACAUGUCCCUCAAACCUCAAGAUUUCAGUCUCAGCAGGUCACACCCACCUCAACACCAAAGGUCUCCACAGUGAAACCUGCACAAUAUGAGAAAGGAUCCACGCAAUCCGCCACGGCUGUCAAACCUGGCACCACCCCUCCGUCAGGAGCUGGAGGGGCUGUUGGUACCACCACCACGCAGAAAGGAACUACUCAAGUCACACAACAGGCCACAGUCCCUAAACCCACACCUCCCUCCUCGGCUAAAAUCCCACCUGUGAGUUCUGGAACCAAGGGCACGACCGUUGGAGCAGGUACCAAGCCCACAGUCCCCGCAAAGGCUCAGAGUACAAUUCCUCAAUCCAAAUCGGGACCUGUUAAGGUAGAGCCGGCUGUCAAGAAACCCUCAGCCUCAACCGGUUUACCUGGAAGUGGCCUAAAGGAGAAGAGUGGCCAAAAGGUUCAAGUGGAAGUAGGCCCAUCAGCUCCACAAUGCAGUGCAGAGGUUGAUCCGUUUGAUGCUCUGAGUGACACUUUACCAUCAUCACAGCCUGUAGCUCCUAAAGUCCCAAAAUACACUGGACCAGAAGUCAGAGAGGGCAAUAUUAAAACGGAGAAGGCUGUUUUGGUUGGGGAGAGAGAAAGUACACUGCCACCUGGAUACAGAUGGGAAGACCUGGAAAAGAAGAAACCCGCUGGGGUUCCAGAGAAACCUAAAGAAGUUCCCAAGCCUAUAAGCACAGACGAGGCGUUGGAGUCUCUCUCUGCUGGGUUUGUGUCUGCACCUCCUCCAAGCGCUCCUAAGAAAACAGAGCUGAAAACGGAAACUGUAGGUGCAGUUGAUGCCAAAUCAGCUGGCUUCUCCAACUUUGCCCCCCCUCCACCUUCUCAGCAGAAACAACAGGCAACAACCCAACCUGGUACCAAAUCUCCUGCGCCACCUGCUGACAAGAAAGCCAAGAUAGAGAAGCCUGGUGAAAACUCCUCUUUGGCGGCAGGCAAGAGUUCAGCUCCUGCACAGCCUGCUAAACCAAAGACAGAUGUGCCCGACAGCUCCAUGUCAACAGAUGCUCUCAGCGCUUUGGGCGACAUGCUGGGUGAUCCAGAACCCCCGAAAAAACAACCUGAACUUAAACCUGGACAGAUAGUUGAUGAGAAGAAAGCGACAUCGGAGAAGGGUGUGCGUGUUGGGGAGAGAGAUGAUACCCUCCCACCAGAUUACAGAUUCUCAGAGGAAGAGCUGAAAAAAUUUCCGCCUCCUCCAAAAGAGCCCUCAUUAGACACAGAUGAAGCGCUGGACAUUCUUUCUGGAGGUUUCACGACCCCCACGGCAGCACCUGUUGUUAAGGCCGCUGUUCCUCCUAGUGCACCUUGUGCACAGGGAAAGAAAUCUGCUGGGGUUCCUGAGAAGGCUAAAAAUGUUCCCAAGGUGGAUGAAUUGUCAGCACUAGACACUCUGGAUGGUGAUUUUGUGGCACCAGCAAAGACUGCUCAUAAGGUUUCUUCAGGAGUUCCUCCAGCCCCCAAGCAAAAACAACAGACAGAUGAGGAUGCUUUUGACACUUUGGGGGACAUGCUGGGGGCACCAGAACCACCAAAAAAACAACCUGAACUCAAACCUAAAGAUAUUGUUCAUGAAGACAAUGUGACAUCAAAGAAGGGUGUGCGUGUUGGGGAUAGAGAGGACACACUUCCACCAGAUUACAGGUUCUCAGAAGAAGAACUCAAAAAAUAUCCUCCUCCUCCAAAAGAGCCUUCCUUAAACACUGAUGAUGCGCUGGAUCUUCUGUCUGGUGAUUUUGAGAGCCCCUCUGCACCACCUGCUGCCAAGCUUCCUGUUUGUACUGCUGUCAAACCUCCUGCUACGCCUUCAGAUGAUUUCGCUUUAGAGGCUCUUGCAGAUGAUUUUGUGGCUCCUUCUUCUGCAUCUAAAGUCCAGUGCGCUGUCACAGCCCCCACACAUACAGAAAGACAGUUGUCAGAAGGUUCAGCUUUGGAUGCUCUGUCAGACACUCUGGCAGACAUAAAACCCCCCACUAAACCCGAACCUGCCUUGCCUAAAGUCAUUGUCAAGGAAAAAGAUGUUGUGGAGGAGAGAAUAAGUAAGCCAGGAGAGCGAGACGACAGCCUUCCACCUGACCAGCGGUUCUCAGAGGCAGACAAGAAGGCAUUUGCAGAAGCAAAGGACAAAUGCGUCAAACCAAAGCAGGACUCAAUGGAUGAUACAUCAGCCCUAGACUUGCUGUCCAGCGAGUUCUCUUCAGUACCCAGAGUGAAAGCAUCUGCACCUGAGACGCACACCUUCACUCCUGAACCAGUACCCCCAACCCACACGGCACCAGGUCCAGCUUUAGAUGAACUGGCAGACAAGCUGAUUCCCAACCUGGAGAAAGGCAAAGACAGCAAAGCUAAGGGGAAGGGGGGGAAGGCUAAGUCUAAAUCAAAGCAGAAACAGUCCGGAGACGAUUCCUCCGCAGUGGAGCAUCUGUCCGGUCAACUGUCCACAAACGUAGUGCCUUCAUCUUCCACGAAGGGUGGAAAGAGAUAGAUCCGUUUACAUUGGUUUGCAUACUCAUCCCUAAAACAAGAAACGGAGCUGCUUGGUGGAUGUGGAAAAAAACAAAAAAGUAUAACUGCACAUAGACACUUAUUCAUGUAUUUCCCUCUUUAUUCCUGAAGAAAAGCAAAAAUAAAUAUAAUGAUCUUUUAUCGCCUUGUGACUGAUAGAGCAUUUCUACACCCAGUUGGUUCUGAUGAGGAGCAAAAGCAACAUUCAGCAUAGUAAUCGAUUAUGAGCAUGAUGCUUUUGAUAUAAAUAAUCCCCCAUUCAAAUAUCAUGCCAUAUGCAUCCUCCUCGCCACACGCUUUUUCUUUUUGUCAUUGGGUAUCGCUGCAGUUUUCUGUUUGUAGAGAUGAAAGUAUUGCUGUUUGAAAAUCUGCGGAGACGGUGUACACUGUACAGAAAUGUCAUUGUAGGUAAUGAAUUCCUUCAGCGUUUACAGUACAGGAGUGACAGUAGAUUAUCUUCAUUUUGAUACCUUUUGAAUGCUGUUGUGUAUCUGUUUUAUGACACUAAUUCAAAAAGCUUUGUGUGCGAGUUGUUUUUUUCCGGUUUGUUGUUUCAGAAAGGUUUCCUGAAGUGCACUUAAAAUGAUUAUUUUCCAUCUCUCUGCAAAAAACAAGAUUUUUAUAAACACUAAUUGACUUGCGUGCCUAAGGUUUUCACAGAAAGCCUUGGAAAAUUGAAAAGAUUGUGUACUUGUGCAAUUUCCUGUUGCCCAUGUUUUUUAUUUCGUUUAAUCAAAAUAACUGAUGUCUAAAGCACAAGGGUUUAGCAAACGUAUUUUUCGAAACCACUAAUAAGUUCACAGGUGUUGCAUUAGAUGUGGUGGGUUAAGUCAGAAUCUUUCGCUUUCAUUUUAACUCACAUGUGUUGGUUUAAGGGCUACCGCAACGUUACAGUUUUGCUCAACAGCAGGAAGGACACGCUCAUUGUUCGAUGCUUUGAAAUGUUUGAAUAACUUCCAUAGCUGACUGUAAAGACGACCCUUAAACGCAAUAGUGUCUUCCAGAAAACAGGUCACAUCCUACUUGCAAAAGGUUCUACGGAUGAAGAAAGCUUUUUUCAAAGUCUUCCAAAAAAAAAAAAAAAACGUGUAAAAUGGUAUUUUCAAGAAGGGAUUUUUACUUCUAAAGAUUUAAACAAAUGAAAUCAUAGCUAUGUUCUUUCAGGUUUGUUAUCGUGGAAUGUAUGUGCAAAUAAAGAUGUAGUGAUGUA